AUGAAAUACAUUUUUGAUAUUUUAGAAUUUCCAUUUUAUAAAAGUUACAGAAAAAAUGAUCAGGAAAAUAUAUCGGAUGAAACUAAAAUGAGGAUCAAAAAAGGGUUUGAUUAUAAACAAAUACUGAAAACAAUUUAUUCAAAUGAAGAAAUGUCAAAAAUAAGAAAAACGUUGAAUUUAAGAAUGAUAAUUAUAGUAUUAAAAAAGUUAAUAAAUAAAACAAAAUAUUAUUGA